ACUCGAGACUCAAGCCUCACUGCUCGAUAGAACGUUAAGCAACUCGCGCGCAUACACAAGUUAAGCAAUUCAAGUGAAGAUUUUUGUCGUUAUGGAGAAGGAGCAUCAACCAGACUCCAUGGCAACCAUCACAAUGAAACCAGAAUACCCCCCAUCUGAGUACAGCGCUUCUGAACCCCCGCCGGCGUACCGUCAAAGAGUAUCUUCGUCGGUUCAAAUCGCGAGGAUUGCAGCCUUGACUGUAGUCGCCUCGUCCUUCAUCCUGGGUUCCUUCAUUCUGGCCUCAAGCUGGGUAUCUGCCCGCGCCUCCUGCCACCAGCUCGAGCAGCUGGAUGCGAUGCUAGACAAGGAACUGGCGUUGGAAGGAAGGGCAUAUGGCAACGACGGCCUCUUAGCUGAUGAACCACUGCCUAUUGGUAACGCACACGCACUUCACGCUGAUCCUCCAACUCUCCAUCUGUCAUCAACAGUACCACCAGUAUCACAAAGCACUGGUGCACCAUCGCCUGACAGUCUUCUGAAGGAGGACCCUCUCAAUCAAGCAGAGUCAAAGUUUGACGAAGACAAGCUACAGAAAAUUGACGAAGACAACGCGAAGGGACACACAGAGGAUGAUGAGAGCUCGGAAUCAGACAGCUCGAGUGAGGACGAAGACGAUGACAUCCUCAGACCCAUGCUGAAGCUUCCCAUCCAGUUCGAUCUGGACGAGCUCGCCGGCGCUUUCCUUGCUAACAAUCAAAAGGAUCGUAUGAACUGCGUUGUGGAGAGACGCCGCGAGGAUCCGAUGGAGCGACGAUUCCCGUUCAACAUUCUCGGAGCUUUUGCGCCACGGGCAGCUCAGGCUGAACGUAUUGCUAUCAUCUGUCAUGGAGGCGACGACAGACCAAUGCCAGUGUUCCCCGACCCACAAUCACAAGUAUUCGCAUUCCCACUGUCUGGACCAGUUCGUCUCCCGAUCAGACCUCAGCCAGAACGUAUGCCGAUGCCAGCCUCCGCUCCAGAGCAGAGAGGACCCUUCGCACCUUUAAUGCAGAACCGUCCCGGACCCUUCCCGCUUCCUAUGCCAUGGGAUUCAUCUGAGGAGCAGGUGGGUGCUCCCCGCGAGAUGAGGAUCCACGUUCAGCGUGUGAUGGCCAUCCCCGCCAGCAUGCCCCAUCAGGAAACCAUGGGCCCCUUCCCACCACCGCCGCCACCACAACAACAGGAACAGCAAGACCGAAUGUUCGCCGAGGAGCCAAUGGGUGCCCCCCGCGGUAUGCGCGUGAUCGCAGUCCCAGCGCCCCACGAGAUGCCACCAGCACCAGAGAACAUGGCACAUUUUGCAGCACCACAACAUACUCCACAGCAACAGGACCAAGAUGAGCAACCCGCUGUUUUACACCAGUUCGUUCCGCAGACCGCUCCCACUCAACAGUCAGAACAGCCCGAGCGCGUACCACAAGAAGGCAGUCCUUUUUCGGUUCAGAACAUGGAAAUCAUGCCGUGGGGCUUGUCUCAAGAGGAGAUCAGAAUGUUACACCGGCCCGUGCAGGAAGCCAUCGCCAACCAGAGACGCGAACAACAGAUUGACAAUGACAUGCAAGAGGUUAAAACGAUAAUGAACACCCUCGCUGCGGCUGCCGAGGCUGAAGCCCAGGAGCAGCAGUCACGUGGUGACGAGCAAUCCCAGCCCGAAGAAGAACCCCAGGAGAACGACGCCCCAGCACCGCGCGCCGCUCGCACCCUGCUCUUGCCUCAGGACAUGGACGGCAGGCCACACUACAUGCAGCCACGGUCUGUCCGCAGCGUGGACUCCAUUCUGCAACGUGAGAAGCGCGUCAAACGUUGCUCCUGCGCAUGCGGCGAGUAAGGGCCCCCCGUCCCCCGCAAGGCUCGCGCCACGCGUCGCUAUCACCUCACGCGACUCAUUCUAACCUAACCGUAGUGACGUCACUUCCGUCCCAACAUUUACAAACACAUUUGUUAUACUUUUUAAUGGUUUCGGUAACUGUUUGUAAAUAAAUAUAUUGUCAUAAGACCGGUGGUAUUUAAUUUGUCACGUUAGAUGUUAUCGUUGUGCAUUCUUUGAUUCCAGUAUUUUUUAGAAUUGAAUUUAGAUGUAGUUUUUAAAUAUCGAACGUUAUUGUAUAAAUAUUUUUUAUUAAUGUUACAGUCUAAAGUUUGUUAUAACGAGUUAUGAUUUAAAUCACCGGCAUUCAAGUCUGGAUAUCUGUAUGUUACAUUCAAAACUUUGAAUAAUUAUUGUGAUCCUCAAAUAAAUUUAUGUAAGUUUUA